UUUUUUUUCUCAUUUUUAGUUUUCCAAGACUGUGUUUCAUCAACCUAAAGAAAGAAAGCAUUAAUUAUUAGAUUUUUACGAUAACGCUACAAAUUUUGUGUAACUUAUCUAUACUCCGGCUUAUAUUUUACAGCGGAAAAUGAAUUUCUCAAGAAAAGUGGAAGAAAACAUGUCCAGCGCUUUCGGGCGAUAUGGGAAAGUCUUGGCUAGAUACCCAUGGACUUCUAUCAUUUUAUGUAUUGUUGUAAACGGUCUUCUUGGCGUGAACAUUCAGUGGAUAACAUCUGAUUCCGAUUUAGAAAGAGUAUACACGCCAACCAACAGCCAGGCGGACCAGGAUAGGGACCGGAUAGCGUCUAUGUUUCCCGAUUCCACAGGUACAAACUUCUAUCGACAAAGUACAGAUAGCCUUGGCUUAUUUGGAGAAAUAAUUUUCAAACCUCGACAUGAGAGCAACGUUUUGAAGAGAAAAUAUAAAAAAGUUAUAGAAGAAAUCUUGAAAACCGCACGUGCCACCUAUGUGACUGAUAUUGACGAUAAGAUAUAUAGAUACGAGGAACUUUGUGCGAGGAGAAAUGGUGAAUGUGUUGUAGAUGGUGAGUUUUUAUUAGAAAAUGCAUUCUGGGAUAUGCUGAAAAACGGAAGUAUUACUAGAGAGAUGUUUGACAAAGAAGACUAUUUCCUCAUUAUGGGAGAUCCGACAUUUGUAAAUGAAACUCUGAGAUCUGCAUUUGCAUUAAAACUACGACUCAGUUUACGACAAGAUUCUAGAACAUUCACUGAACUAUCUUCAAAAUGGGAGAAGGAAUUCUUAAAAACAUCAAAGGAUAUCAAAUUGAACGAUUCAGAUAUAGCGUACCAGAUAUCCGAUUCAUUGAACUCUGAACUUGAUGCAAACACCGGAGGAGACAUUACUUAUUUUUCGCUAACAUUUACUCUCAUGAUCACAUAUGCCUCUUUUGUCGCUGCGGGCGGAAACUGUGUGUCACAACGUGGUCAUCUAGGACGUGCUGGAGUCAUAUCGGCAGGAUUAGCAAUCCUUGGAUCAUUCGGACUAAUGUCCGCAUGUCACGUGAAAUUUGUCAACAUCGUGGGAGUCAUGCCAUUCCUGAUUAUUGGAAUCGGUGUAGAUGACAUGUUUAUCAUGAUGUCCGGUCUUGCAGAAGCUGACCAAUCCGCUCAAAUAGAAGAUAAGAUUGCUCAUGUAAUGAAAACCAGCGGAAUCGCAAUAACAAUCACCUCUCUCACGAACUUCAUCGCUUUUGUUGUUGGCAUCACAUCAGUCUUCAAAAGUGUCCGAAACUUUUGUAUUUACACAGCUGCUGCAGUGGGAUUCUGUUAUCUAAAUCAAAUAACAUUUUUCAUCGGAUGUAUGGUGCUGCAAGAGAGAAGAGUAGCCGAGAACAGGCACUGUAUCACAUGUGUACCGAUAGAAUUCCCGGAUGAAAAGAACAAUCAGUCGGAAUCUGUUGCGAAACGAAUCUGUUGUACAGGGUCUCCGCCUAAGUCAAGAAAUGAACAAGAGAGUAUGCUCGAGAAAAUUCCGCGUUUGGUUAUACCAAGGAUGAUUGUUAAUCUACCGGCAAAGUUUAUAACAAUUAUGUUGUACCUAGCAUAUCUUGCUUUUUCUGUAUUAGGAGUUACACGUUUACAUCAAGGUUUGAAUUUACAAAAUUUGGUAUCGGACAGUUCAUAUUAUUAUCAGUUCAGUAAAUGGGACUUUGAUUACUUUCCUUUGAACUUUCCGGUAUCAUUUGUCGUACCGUCCUAUCAAAACUAUUCUUCGGGUCGUGUUUCAGAUGACAUAGAUUCCCUCCUGACAACUGCAAACAGACACAUUGAUAUUGAAGACAGUUAUGAACUAAAUUGGCUGAAAUCGUAUCAAAAUUCUAUUUAUUUUACAAAUACUUCAGAGAAAGCGUUUGUAAAUGGACUCCGUGAUUUUCUAAACACCACAACUGUUUUCAGAAAUGAUGUCGUUUUCAAUCAUGCCAAUGACCGAAUUGAAGCCUGUCGAUUCCAUGUUUUUUCUAAGAGUAUAAAGGACAGUUAUACACAAGGAAAGCUUAUGCUGCAAAUGCGAGAAAUUGCAAGUAGUUCGAUAAUUCCUUGUUUCGCUUAUUCACCGGUCUUUAUAUUCUUCGAGCAAUAUGUCGCCGUGGUACCUAGCACUCUUCAGACAGUAGGGAUUGCUGUAGCUGCCGUGUUUGUUGUUGCAUGUCUAAUGAUGCCCAACCCUUUCCUCAUUCUUUGUAUUGCGUUGUCUUUAGCCUCAAUUAUCACCGGUGUUCUUGGCUUCAUGCACUUCUGGGGACUGUCUCUCAGUUCCAUUACCAUGAUCCAUGUAAUCAUGAGCGUUGGGUUCUCGGUAGAUUUCAGUGCACACAUCUGUCAUGCUUUUCUGACGUCAGAGGGUCAGGAUAGGAACGCCAGAGUAUGCAAAGCAUUGGAAAUAACCGCAGGGCCUAUUUUCAACAGUGCUGUAUCCUCUAUUGUAGGGAUCGUAAUGCUAACAUUAUCAGAAUCUUAUGUGUUUAUUUCUUUCUUCCGUGUGAUGUUGCUUGUGAUUUUGUUUGGGUUUUUCCAUGGAAUGUUUGUACUGCCAGUCAUCUUUUCCCUGAUAGGACCAAACAAACCGAUUAAAAGCAAUGUCAGCGUCUUCAAACGCAAAUGUGACCAGAAAAAUCAGAAAAUGGAUAAAACAGGAACUUACAAUCAUGGAUAUGAACCCGACCAUUCAUUACAAACACAAUUAUAGAUACCCUAUCGACUGCCUUCAAGCUUGUUCGAAUAUACGUGAAAUGUAAAUACAAGUUCAUUAUAUAGAUAAAGUGGUCACAGGGCAUAUACAAAGUGGUUUGAAUGCAUAUGCAGUAAAAGUGGUCAGAAUCAAAACGAUGCAAUGUACCAUUGGUUAGUGAUUUGUUAUAUAUAUGUACAAGCUAUGAUUUUAUUUUAGAUUAUUUGUAUAUGUUUCUUCAUAAGUUUGAUCCAUAAUCACUACAGUGAAUAAUAUCUUUAGUGUCUACCAUUAACAAAAAACAACUUUCCAUUGAUGGAUGGUUGCAGUUUAUUGUCUGCAUGUACAUAGCUAUAUUAUAUUAUUGACCUUUUUACGUAAUUAACAUAGGAAAUUUCUAAUAAAAUAUCCUGAUAUGAAAUGAUAAAUCUGCAAACCAUUGUACUUCGCCAAAUCAUUAUCAUUAUUAUUAUAUAUUUAUAUAUUACAUGCAUUUAUAUAUGUGUGUUAUAAUGGAAUACCAAUUCAGUUAAGUCUCCAAUUAAAGUUUUGUGGAUAGAAAA